UCUUCCUUUAAAGACAACCUCCUCCUUUCCUCAGUUUUCACUUAGUGAUGUCGCGUAUUUGUGUGGUGAACCUGUAAAGAGCAAGACAGGCAGAAGCCGACUUUUUUAAUUAUUUGAUUCCUUUUAUUUCUUCAGUUAUUUUCCUUUCAUUUGAGGCAUUCGCUCAAAGGGACCCAAUUCUGUAUUCUGUUUUAAUAAAUAUUUUAUUUCAUCCUUUUACCUUGUUUAUGUGUUGAUUUUUAUGUUUCUAAGUUUGAGCUAAGAGAAAGGCGGAAUUCAUAUUUUUAGGCUAUUGCCAAGUGUUUUCUUGAUUCUCUAUUUUCCAAGAGAUUGUUUGCCAGAGGACGUCCGUAACUUUCAUUUAUAGACACGACGGCAACUCCAAACUAACAUGGCAGUCAGACUGUGCGAUGUGGCUUCUCUGCUUAGAAGUGGCUCGUGGGCUGCCGAGCCUUGGACCGGGCAGGUGAUUGCCGCCAUGGAAACACAGCUGUCCAAUGGGCCAACUUGCAACAACACGAGCAAUGGCCCCUCCACAAUCUCGAACAACUGCUCCUCUCCUGUAGAGUCAGGGAGCUUGGAGGACAGUAAAACUAACUUGAUAGUCAACUAUCUGCCUCAGAACAUGACCCAAGAAGAGCUGAAGAGUUUGUUUGGGAGCAUCGGGGAGAUUGAGUCCUGUAAACUAGUGCGCGAUAAAAUAACAGGGCAGAGCCUAGGUUAUGGAUUUGUGAAUUAUGUGGACCCGAAAGAUGCAGAAAAAGCCAUCAACACCUUAAACGGCCUGAGACUUCAGACCAAAACUAUUAAGGUAUCCUACGCUCGGCCCAGCUCGGCCUCCAUCAGAGAUGCUAAUCUGUACGUCAGUGGCUUGCCAAAAACCAUGACUCAGAAGGAGCUGGAGCAGCUCUUCUCUCAGUACGGACGCAUCAUUACCUCGCGCAUUCUGGUGGACCAGGUGACCGGAGUUUCCCGAGGGGUGGGGUUCAUCCGCUUCGACCGGCGAAUCGAAGCAGAGGAGGCCAUCAAGGGCCUGAACGGCCAGAAGCCGCCCGGCGCCACCGAGCCCAUCACGGUGAAGUUCGCCAACAACCCGAGUCAGAAGACCAGCCAGGCGCUGCUCUCCCAGCUCUACCAGUCGCCCAAUCGAAGGUACCCUGGACCCCUCGCACAGCAGGCACAGCGUUUCAGGUUGGACAAUCUGCUAAACAUGGCUUACGGAGUGAAAAGCAGGUUCUCCCCCAUGGCUAUCGACGGAGUGACCAGCCUGGCUGGCAUCAACAUCCCGGGGCACGCUGGCACUGGCUGGUGCAUCUUCGUCUACAACCUGGCUCCAGACGCAGAUGAAAGCAUCCUGUGGCAGAUGUUUGGGCCGUUUGGCGCCGUCACAAAUGUCAAGGUCAUCCGCGACUUCAACACAAACAAGUGCAAAGGGUUCGGAUUUGUCACCAUGACCAACUACGACGAGGCAGCCAUGGCCAUCGCCAGCUUGAACGGAUACCGCCUCGGAGACAGAGUUCUGCAAGUCUCGUUCAAAACUAACAAAACGCACAAAGCCUAAUACCCACUCAGAUUGUUUAUAGAAAACUCUACAGAAAAAUGGAAACCUACCGACCGUAAACUUUCUACAUUAGUAAAAACAUCUUUGUAAAUCAAUGUUACGAAGGGAAACGAUAUUUAGCGUCCAACAAUGUGAUUUUCAUUUUUUUUCCUUCAUUGCUAGGCUUUCAAAUUCUUACACUACUUUAUGUUGAACCAGAAAAAAAAAUACUGCAGGUUUUCACGCCUGUGACGUUGCAUUCUCUUGCUGUCUUUACAGAUGGACCUUUUAAAAAUGUUACUGAUAGGUUUUUGUCGUUUUGUUGCACAUCUGCUUUGAAACAGUAAGUCUUGUAAGGCUUUGUGUAGUGAUUUACUUUGUAUUUUUCUGUGUUCUGAUUUGCCUUAGGUGCGUUUGCGUCUUAAGUGGUUUAACAAAGUGUUUAUUUGAAAAUAAUUUGCAGUUUUGUAAGUAUUUUGUUUAUUGUAUUAAUAUGAGUUGGUUAUUGGUUGGCUGCAUAAUGUUGCUUAUUGUAAAAUUAAUGGCGAAAAAGACAAAAAAAAUUCUUAAAGCAGUACCUUGCCAAAGAGCUAAGAACCUCUUUGAUGUGGGUUUAAAAAGCAUCUAUUUUUAUAAAAAGAAAAAUUUGGAGAAACUUUUUACUGGACCUGGAACAAAUAUUUUGACUUGGAUACUUUGACAAAUAUCUUCAUAUGACACCUUGUGAGCUUUUGAACUUUACCAGAAAGUUUGCAGUGGUUGAAAUUUCUGGAGAGAUUUAUGAUGUAAAAGAUACCUUUUGAGAUCUUUGUAUUAUCUUUAGAUUCUAGAAUCAAUGGCAGUGCUGGUUUCAUUUGUAAAAUCAUCUGUGGGUUGUCCUUACAUCCUGGUUGUUAUAUGACUAGCAACUCGCAUUCAGAUUUGAUUUGGAAACAGACAGAAAAAUACAAAGGUUUAUUCGCAAAAGUGCAUGCAAAAUUAUAACAUGGAAAUAUCUUAAAGGUAAAGGGGGGAUAAAAAUCAGUUCUUCCUAAAUGAUUCCCUUCAGACAGCUCAUGGUGUUUUGUGGUGUACUUAUACUAUAUCAUUAAAGACUGGUUUUGUCUUGAUCAAACCAAUAAGGGUUGUACCUGCUUUGUAUGAUAGGGAGGAAGACAAGCCGAGAAUGGCAGCAGCUUUGAAAAGUAGUUUGAAUGAAGAAUGGGAAGGAUUACUCCUGAGCUUAGAGCUAUGUAAAUAAGUCCUUUUUUAUGUUGAGUAUUUGCCUAACUUAAUUGAGUUUUUUUGGACUUUAUUGCAAAAGUGCUUUUUUUUCUUUUUUUAAGAGUACGUAUAGUAUGAUUUAGAUUUUUGGAUAUUGCCUUUUGUUUCAGUUUUGCUGAAAGUUGUUUACAUUCAGUUGAAAAACUUGAUUUGUUGUCCUAUGGACUACAUUCGUCCUAUGGAGUUGUUGGUUUUCUGGUCUGUAGUCUUGCUUUGGAUAUAAAAAAAACUAUAGACUUUUUUGUUGUUUUUGUUUUAUAUAUAAACAUUAUAGAUAUAUAUAUAUUUAUGUGGUAAAGAAUGGAUAUAAACCACAGUUUUGAACUAUUUGAUUACUUUUUUUUCUUCAUAUUCAUAUAUACAUAAUGCAUAUAACCUGUCUUAAAAAUCGUAAAAGGUGUAUAUUGCUUUAUUCACUUUGGGGAAGAACAAUGAAGCAGUUCGUGACCAUAGCAAAAAGGGGUCGCAAGAGAUUGCCGAACAACAUCUUGCUUAUCUCGAACAAACAGAGGCUGGUCGGGCCUUAGAUGCACUGAAUACUGCACCUGCAUCCUGCUUUGUAUUUAAACUAAUUACUAGUCAUGCUUCCCCUUAAAAUGAGCAGUGUGCUAUGCAUUAUAUAUUUAUCUUUGCGACUGCUUUUUCUUUUUUCUUUUCUCUUUUUUGUUUUUUUCUUCCCUUUAUCGUUUGAACUUUUAGUUUUACCUUUUGUUUCCUUGUAGAAGUGAAACUUUGAGUCUAGAUGAGCUGAGCCCCUCCUGCUGCUCUGGGGUAGGCCUGCCUUGUCUCAUUCCAGACCUCACUGCUCUUCAGAGGAACACCGAGAACCACCUCCGUGGCCCAUUGGUGUGUUCCGACGCUGAAGCAGUGAUGUUCUGGCAUGACAUAACAGGACCCUCAUGCCCCCACUAGAUCUCAAUUCUAAAUGUGAGAAUGAUUAUUUAUUUGAAGUUGUACAGUAUGACUUGGCUCACAGCAUUUUUUGGGGGGAUAGAAUAUAUCUUUUUGUUGAGUAUUUAAAAGGAUGUACAUGUUUUUUUCUUUGUGUUUGGAAUACAAUACUUACUGUAUUUUUUCAUGUUCAGUACAUCAAUAAAUAAGUUGAAGGGAAAUGCAA